AUGCUUUAUUUUAACAAAAUUAAACAAAAGUAUCAUUUACAAUUUUAUAAAAUGUGUUUUUGGAAAGAAUAUCUAAUGAUUUUGACGCGCCUCUUAAGACAAAAAAUACAUAAAAUACAUAAAACAGAUUAG